CUCUUUCAGCCCUUGAAUAAAAACUGCACCCAACUUCCCAGGCGCCCUCAUUGCCCAGCCGGACCCCAGCCCCUGAUAGGUUCCGUCCGGCCCGCUCGCCCCGUGUUCCGCCGGCCCCUGCCCAGCGCCCCCGACCCUCCGGCGCCCCGCGCUCGCUCUCUCGGUUCGCUCGCACCAUGGACAAGUUUUGGGGGCGCUUCGCCUGGGGACUGUGCCUCCUGCAGCUGAGCCUGGCGCAGAUCGAUUUGAAUAUAACCUGCCGAUAUGCAGGUGUGUUCCACGUGGAGAAGAACGGUCGUUACAGCAUCUCCAGGACGGAGGCUCCUGACCUCUGCAAGGCUUUCAACAGCAGCCUGCCCACCAUGGACCAGAUGGAGAAAGCCCUGAGCGUUGGGUUUGAGACCUGCAGGUACGGGUUCAUAGAAGGGCAUGUGGUGAUCCCCCGUAUCCACCCCAACUCCAUCUGUGCGGCCAACAACACAGGGGUGUACAUCCUCACAUCCAACACCUCCCAUUAUGACACGUACUGCUUCAAUGCCUCAGCUCCACCCAAAGAAGAUUGUACAUCGGUCACACACCUGCCCAAUGCCUUUGAAGGACCAAUUACCAUAACCAUUGUCAACCGCGAUGGCACCCGCUACAGCCAGACAGGGGAAUACAGAACGAACCCUGAAGACAUCAACCCCAGCACCCCCGCUGACGAUGACGUGAGCAGUGGCUCCUCCAGCGAGAGGAGCACUUCAGGAGGCUACGUCUUCCACACCCUCCUUCCAACUGUGUACCCGACCCAGGACCAAGACAGUACCGGGGUGUCUGACAACCCAGAGAAUACACCCAUUACCAGUACGGAUUCAAGUAUCAUCUCAGCAGGCUGGGAACCAACUGAAGAAAAUGAAGAUGAAAGAGACAAACACCCCAGUUAUUCUGGAUCAGGCAUUGAUGAUGAUGAAGAUUUUAUCUCCAGCACCAUUCCAACCACACCACGGCUUUUUAGCCACCCAAAACAGAACCAGGAUUGGACUUCACGGAGCCCCGGUGAAUCGAAUCCAGGAGUAUUACUUCAGACUACUACAAGGAUGACUGAUGUGGACCAAAGUGGCACCAGCGCCAAUGGAGAGAACUGGCCCCGAGAACCACACUCUCCUCUCGUUCACCAUGAGCAUCACGAUAACGAGGAGACCCAGCAUCCUGCAAGCACAAGUAAGGAGGCUGGAGCCCCAGCCCAAGACGGCCAUCUAGAUCAAAGAACGACAACGCAGAGUCAAGAGGACAGCUCCUGGACAUAUUUCUUUGACCCCAUCUCACAUCCAAUGGGACGAGGUCAUCAAACAGAAAGAUGGAUGGAUAUGGACUCCAGCCAUAGUACACCACAUCAGCCUUCUGCAGAUCCAAACACACAUUUGGUGGAAGACUUGGACGGGACAGGACCUCUUUCAGUGACAGCUCAGCAGAGUCAGACUCAGAGCUUCUCUACCUCACAUGGAGGCUUGGAAGAAGAUAAAGACCAGCCAGUGACUUCUGCUUCAACAUCUAGCAGUAAGGAUGAUAGGACUGAUGGCAAAGGUGGAAGAAGAGGUGGACAUCUUCCUGAAGACUCAGCUACUUCAGUGGAAGGCUCUACUUCUCACUCACCAGCCACGGGGGAAUACAGGACCCUCAUCCCAGUGACCCCUGCCAACACGGGGUCCCCUGGAGUUACUGAAGUCAAUAUCGCUGGAGAUCCCAAUUCUAACGUUAUUCAUUUCUUUUCAGAAGACCAGGACUCAUCGGUUCACCCCAGUGGAACGUCCCAUACCACUCAUGGAUCAGAAUCAGCUGGACACUCAAGUGGGAGUCAAGAAGGUGGGGCAAACACGACCUCAGGUCCUAUGCGGAAACCUCAAAUUCCAGAAUGGCUCAUCAUCUUGGCCUCCCUCCUGGCCUUGGCUUUGAUUCUUGCCGUUUGCAUCGCUGUCAAUAGUCGAAGAAGGUGUGGGCAGAAGAAGAAGCUGGUGAUUAAUAAUGGCAAUGGAGCGGUGGGGGACAGGAAGCCAAGCGGAAUCAACGGAGAGGCCAGCAAGUCUCAGGAGAUGGUGCACUUGGUGAACAAGGAGCCCUCGGAGACCCCCGAUCAGUAUAUGACAGCCGACGAGACGCGGAACCUGCAGAACGUGGACAUGAAGAUUGGGGUGUAACACCCAGGCCGUAGUGACCUUGGAGAGAAAUAGCACUUGGAGACAUCACCUUAAGAAGGAGCUGGGACACUUCACAGAUGUGACGUGCUACUGAUUGUUUCAUUUGGGGAUCUUUUUUUAGUAUAAAAUUUUCUACUCCUUUUUGGUUUUUUGCAUUUUGUUUUUUAAAGUCAAGUCCAGUUUAUAAAAACAGCAUUGCUUUCUGAAAUGAGGACCCAAUUGAUAACCGCAAGAAUCUGACUGUUCCAGUUCCCACCUAGAAGCCUCCACCCUGUAGGGCGUGCUCUGGAUGGCUUCUAACAAAAGCCACAAAUAUGUCAUCCUGAUCCCGGCCAUCCCACCACUCCUCCUCCCAGGCAGCAGCCACCUGCUAUAGACAUCCCCCAGAGCUAAGAGGGGUUGGUCCCUGGGAAGAUAUUUGAAUCAGUCCACAUCCCCGCCCCCCUCCUGCAGCCCGUCCCUGGGCAUUUCUUUCCAGUGGGCUAGGGGUCAGAAUGUACUGGUUACAAAGCCCCUUCUACAGAACCCCUGGAAGUUUUUCAUGUGCUUCUGGGAAAUACCCAAAAGGUGAAGCUAUUUAUCUGUAGGAAGCUAUUUAUCUGUGUUUUUGAAAUAUUAAACCCUGGAGGUCCUUUGAUUAGUAUGAUUUUUUUUUUUUUGUUACUUUGUCAGAGGCAUAAAGGGUUCAAGCUGAUUCAUAAUAAACAUCUGUACUUCUUCCACCUUAACCCUUGGUGCUGUGAUCCUUCACUUUUUUUCACCAGCCAAGUCUGGUUCCCAAAAACUCAUCAGGAAGAUGUGAGAAGGCCCUCCUCGAAAGUCUUCAUCUCAGAGCCACUAAGCCCCCAUUCAGGCUCUCUCAACCAAAUCCCAAAGAGAAUUAAGGAAGAUAGCACUAUUUUAUCUCUGAGUCUCCAAAGACUUCAUCCCGUCCUAGCACCAGAACUGCGAGGGGGAGGAGCCUCAGCCGCUUUUAUGUGAGAAUGGCCACCAGUUCUCUGCCCUGUAAGACUCUGAAAAGUCACAUUACAUCGCAUGAGCUACCAUUUGUGGCAUCCCAUUUCAUAGACGCUGACCCUGCUAAGUCAUGUCCAAAAACAUUAUGGGAGAACCUUUUGACCUCUUGUAAUAAAAAGAGAAGCCAAUGGAAAUGAAAGAGCAAAAACCGUAGCCAACUGGUUGCCACAGGUUGGGGAGGAGAGGGGCAGCUGUAUAGAUCCUGUUUGAGUGUUUUUAUGACUGUAUUUGUUUAUACUUUAACAAGCCAGCUGUCCCCGAUGCAGUUGCUACUCAGGGUAAGUUAAAUACCUGGGAAGUCCCUCAGAAGGUUACAGGGCUGCCCGCCAUUGGAGUCUCAGCAGCGUAGGCAGGUUUAUGACCAAAUGAGAGAAUAAUGGCUUUAUGCCUUGCUUGGCAAGUCCUCUGUCUUUAUUCCUUAGUUCAGAAGUCUCAUUGGUCCUGGAACUUCCAAAGAUGAUUUGUAAUAGAAGAAAUGGAAUCUAUAAAGCAAGGACUCUUAUAAAAUGAGACCUUUUCCUUAUGCCCCCACAAAAAGUCAUCUGUGCCUAAACUGAUAGGUUUAACUGGUAACAUUGCUAAGACUGAAGAGGAAGAGAGAUGGAGGAGGAGGAAAAGAAGAAGAAGGAGGAGGAGAAGAAAAUGGGUCCCACAUUAGUCAGGGCUGGUCUUAUACAUGGGGUGAUUAUGAAGGAACUAUUUUUAAAAGAGGGGCCCACUUUCUGCACUCCUUUCCAAUUUUUGUUCUCCCCUACAUCCUCAUGACCACCUCUCAAUCAUGAUCUUUGAAAACUUCCUUCUGUGAACUUCCUCAGCCAGUUCCAUAUCCAGCUGUCUGGGUUUCUCUUUAUUUUCAAGUGGAUAGAAAAGAAAAGGAUAUCUAGCCACUCCCCUUCACAGUGCUAUGUCCAAGUGCUCUCUGCUUUCCAAGAGCUUUCCUGGUCUGCUGCAGACACCCUCACUCUGACUCUUUAGCCACUCUAGGAUUUGGUUCAGGAGGGCUAUGCCAGGUUUGAUCUGUCCCCAGAUUCCUUUCAGGGUCGUGGAUAGUCUUACAAGUCUCACAGUUAGGGAUGGUUUUCUUUUUCUAGAGAUUUCCAAUAAACAGGCUGAGAUAGGUGAUCGUUUUCUAUUUCAUUUUAGAAUUUCAUACGAUCUUUCCUUUUAUUACUGUUGUAGUCCACACUUGGAUAUACCUCUGUGUCCACAGACAGGAAUGGGAGAGGUCCAGAGCGUCCAGCCCUCGAAUGUAAUAUCCUUCCAAUAGUGCCCUGAGUUCAUGGAAAAGGAGGUAUUCUCUUCCAUUUGAAAUAAUGAUGUAAUUCCAGUAAGCUGAGAGUUUAAGAUGCAAUUUUUCCUACAAUUGUAAAUCUUUUGUGUCUCCUGAGCGUUGCCUUUAAAUUAGCACUGCGUGAAAAAAAAAAUGGGGCAAGAGACUCUUUCAUAUCCAUAUUUUGUAGAUUCUGGCCUAGCAGAAUGGAGUUCUCCAGCAGAACCUCUCAAAGUUUUAUAUUGGGACCAUGAUGCCAAGAACUGAUUCCAUAGCCAGUGUUCAUUCAAUACUAGUACAGCUGAGGAGUGGGAGAAAGGAACCUCUGACUUCUCUAGAAAUGUUACGUGUACUUAAGAAUAAAAAUAACAUGGCCUGUUUACCUUUAUGUAAUAGGUAUGCCUUUCUAUAGAUCACUUUUGUUGAGUUUUCAAAGAAUAGCUCAUUGUUCACGCAUGUACAGCGACCGUUGUUACUUUGAUUUGUCACAGCACACCCUUCCCCUGAUUUUUGUAUACUUACUGAUGGACCAGUAGUAAUGAGGAAAGCAUGAUAUGUAUAUUGCCCUGUUGAAAGCACUUAUUGGAAAAAUACCAAAAGGCUACUAUUAAAAGGCUAAAGGAAAUGGA